GAUGAAAGUAUUAUGGACUUAGAAAAUACAAUAUGUAACUUGGUCAAAAUACCGCUGUGCUAUUUGGAACCCCUAGCCAUUGUAAAAUAUGAGAAAAAUAAUUACUUCAAUGUGCACCAUGACGGGACCUUUAGGAGGGCCACUCUUUUAAUAUACCUGAACGACGUCGAUGAAGAUGGGGAAACCAUUUUCCCACAUUAUAAUUUAUCUAUCAAGCCCAUUCAAGGGUCCGGUAUUUUCUGGUACAACAACAUCCCCGUGGAAGAGGAAUAUGCCAUUACGUACUGCGAUAAGUCCAACUUAGAAAAAUUUUCCAUUGAUAUCAUUAAUGACGAACUGGGAAAUAUGUAUAUCGCAGACAUGACUAUGCUGCACAAGGCCAACAAAGUUUCAGAUGAAUACAAAUAUGUAAUAAAUUGUUUUUUCAAUAUUAAUAUAGUUAGGAAUGUAUGA